AAUUUAUUAUUUUGCAAAUCAUGGAACCCGAAUUACCUUAUGAAGAUGAUCUCCUACAAAAGGCUGAAGAUAAGGUGGAACUGGGUCAGGUGUUAAUAAAAAUUCUAGAUGAAUUCACCGAAAUACCAGGCGUGCAAAAGGUGCAAAGAAAAAUUGUACAAGAAAUUAAAUUUUUGCAAAAGGUUAUCAAAAAUAAAACCUUAAAAAUUAAUCAUGUUCAAUGCAGCAAUCUGACGCAUUAUGAGUUUUUGGUUAAGAUACUACAACAACAACGGGAUGUGGUACAUGUCGAUUGUGGUUUUCCGGUGGACUAUCGGGAGAAUCCACUACGAGUGGAUAUUGUUUGUGAGAAUGGUUUGAAAUGGAUUAAGGCCAUUGCCCGAAAUUCAAAGUCGUUAACAGAUGCUGCUCGUGGCGAGGCGAGCUUUGGGGCACGCAGCAUAAUCGAUCAGGCUCAAGAAUUUGUGGAGGCCUCAUCACAAAAUCUCUGCAUGUUUAAAUGUCCAAAGGUGGUUUUCUAUUUCAGUCAUCCAAUUGAAAACGAAUUAACCAUGGCCCUGGAGGCGGAAGGUGUUGAAAUAGCCUCGUUGGAAAAACCAUCGGAGGUGGAUAAAAAUUCCGAUAUUAGUAAUAUUAGUAUUUUAAAUCUGGAUAUAACAACGUUAUUGGCAUAUGUGAGUAAUGUUUGUAAUGGCAGCUGCAAUUGGAAAUUUCAAGAACCGAUUUUAACUGAACAAGCUGAAAAGGAGCGGGAGUCACCUUUGAAACCUAUUUUAGAUAAAUUGUUUUCGGGAAAACGCCUUAUUUGCUGUACCACUGCCCAUAAAUCGUUUCAAGACAUAGUUGCACUACUUGGUGGUGCCGAAGAAAAACGAAGAGCCGACGAGCUAACUAAACGUAUUGAAAUCUUACCAGAUGUCACCUCAAUACCACCCGAAAUUGCCAGCAUUAAAUUUAGUGGUAAAAUUAAUGAACGAAGUUUAUUGAUUUUUGCCUUUGGCAUGGAUAUGAAAGCGGUAACGGUAACCUCCAAUAAGGCCUUCAUUAGAUCAGCUAAAAUGCAGGGUAUAAAUGUACCCGUUUUUACACACCAAGCUCGUGCUCUGACCGAAGCCAAAGAGGAAACUGCCACACCAUUAUAAGUGAAUACAAAA